AUGUCGACCACGGGUCCCAUAACUAAUUAUUAUGUGGACUCCUUGAUCAACCAUGAAAACGAAGAUGUCCUUGCUGCAACUCGCUUCUCGGCUCCCGGUUCGCACCCAGCCGGCCCUCGUCCACCGUCUCUAGUACCGGAGUGCGCCGACUACCCUUCCUGCAGCUUCGCACCCAAGCCCCCCGUCUUCUCCACCUCUUGGGCCCCCGUCCACUCCCAGUCCUCAGUGGUUUAUCAUCCAUACAGUCACCAACCUCACUUAGGCACAGACUCGAGGUACAUGCGCUCAUGGCUGGAGCCGAUAUCAGGCGCGGUGCCUUUCCAUGGCUAUCCGGGGAACGGCAGGCACUAUGGGCUCAAACCCGACGCUUUCCAGGAGCACAGAGCCGGAGAGUGUCUGGGCUCCAGCGGACGGACCUACACGGAUUAUUUGUACUGCUCAUCCACUGACAUGCGGGACAAGACGCAGCAGAACGUCCCCUCUCCCGAGUCGGAGCUGCUGGCUUCAGGGAAGCAUAAAGACGAGAAGCCGGAGCUAGAUCCGAGUAAGUUCAAGCUCCUUUUACGACCGGGUGGGAGUUUGGGUUUGGGAUUGUGUAAAACUGGUUUAGAGGCAUUUUAACGCCCUUGCAUAUAAAAUGUAAUUAUAUACAGUUUAACCCUUUCUUCUUGCUCAGACCCGGAUAGCUUCUGCUAGAGGGAAAGCCUUGGGAACUAUAAAAGACAAACGCUACCAGGCUAAUAUUGGGGCUAUAAAAGCAGACAGGGUUAUAAACAUGGACUCAAACCUACAGGAGGACGUUGAAUUUGGACGGAUGCGCCCUAAUGUUAAAAAACAAACAGGUUUUUCCCCUUUAAUCGUCAAAAAAUGAACAUAUAUUCACUAGUGAAUGUGUUAUGACGCAUUUUUAUGAGCGUGUUUUUUAACCCGUGCUUUAUAUACGGCACAUGAAUCCUCUAUAAGCCGCCUUGUGUCCUGUUUCCAUUUUAUAUGUAGGCCUGCUGCUAAAGGAAACCCACGUUUUAACUCUGUUUGAUCCCAGCUAUAAAACACGUGAGUCACCCAUGCCAUUAUGGGCUAGAUAGUGUGCAUAUAGCUUCAUAUUCAAAAUUUUCCCUCUCAUCUCUGAGUCCAAAAACAUUUUCAUUUUCACGUGACUCUUGCAGCUAACUUGAGGAAUGUAGGGACAUACUUGAGGACUUUCACCACGGACCUGUAAAGGCUUGAACCACGGGCCAUUUUAUGGGCCAAUAAAGUGAAUAAGCGCAUUGAGUAUUUUACGACGGUGUUACUCACAAGUUAAGGGGACAAGGAAGCAAAUCAGUGCAGUGUUGGAUGGUCUGAUGCAGAGAUUUACCUCUUUAAAUGUUUUAACUUUAAUGUAAACAUACACAGUGUCUUUGCUCUUAUAUUGGUAUAAUGUUUGGCUCAUUUACUGAAAAUCAUUCAUCAACUCCAAAUGCUUUAGAGCAAAUUGUCCUUGUUUCUAUUUGUAAUCAUAUUAAGUAAUAAUCCAGAUAAAUGCUGUCAUUAUAAUUAUGGGGAUUUUAUUUUCCUUUCACAGAUAAUCCUGUGGCAAAUUGGAUACACGCCCGCUCCACAAGGAAGAAGCGAUGUCCCUACACAAAGUACCAGACUCUGGAACUGGAAAAGGAGUUUUUGUUCAAUAUGUACCUAACGAGAGACCGUCGGUUCGAGGUGGCGAGGGUCCUGAAUCUGACCGAGAGGCAGGUCAAAAUCUGGUUUCAGAACCGGCGAAUGAAGAUGAAGAAAAUGAACAAAGAGAAGAGCGACAGCAAAGAACAAUAAUAUGGACUGCAGCAGUGUGAAAACAACACUAAUAACCACUAGACACAUGAACAGCACAGAUGUACCAAAACACUCCUCCUCCUCAUGUUUCUCACUUUGUUGGAUUUUUUUUGUAUUAAUCUUCUAACUCUGAGACUGUCUGAUGCUCAUUACGUUAAUUCCCAGUGCACAGUGACAUGUUGAAGAAAGGAAAAACAAACUUCUAAGGAGAUAAUUACAUUCUACUUUCACUUCGAGAUACCUUUAUGCGUUUAUUUUCAUUUUUUUUGUAUAGAGAAAUGAUACACGUUACAGUUUGGACACGUUGAAACUGUCUGAAGAUAGACAAUACUUGAAUUCUUUUGAAUUUCACAAGCCCAUAAUUUAUGAUGUGAAUGUUUUCUUUCAUGUUUAAUUUCCUUUGUACGUUGUUGUGCAGGUGUAGUAGCCUAUUUUGUACAGAAACGGAUCAUCUGCGCUCAGACUCGUCUGUGUUGUAUUUUUUGUGAUAGUUGUUGCUGUAUUUGUGCAUUUCUUCCUUUUUUUU